AUGAACAAAACUCUAAUUCGAGGCCUGCUGCGCGGCAAAACUGCCUGCAUCACCGGCGGCACUACGGGCAUCGGUCGUGCCAUUACGCUAGAAUACCUGAGACAGGGCGCCAACGUGGCCGUCAACCACCUCGAUCUUCCGCAAGAUAGAGAGCUCAAGAAAAGCCUCCUGAAAGCUGCCGCGGACAUUAAGAAUCACGCAUCCUCGGAGCAGCCCGCAGGUGAGCUGCUCGAGCUCGCAGGCGACAUCACAGACCCCAAGACAGGCGACCAGCUCGUCGCAGCGGCCGUCGCGGCAUGGGGAAAGCUAGACAUUCUGGUAUCCAACGCUGGCAUCUUCAAGCCUGCCGAAUUUCUCUCCCUUGAAAAGAAGCAAUUCGACAGCACAAUGGCCGUAAACGUCAACGGCGCCUUCUACACAUGCCAGUCCGCCGCCCGCCAAAUGGUCAAGCAGGGCCACGGCGGCUCCAUCAUCGGCAUCUCCUCCAUCAGCGCGUUGCAGGGCGGCGGCCUGCAAGUGCACUACACGCCGAGUAAGGCCGCGAUCGCGUCCAUGGUGCAGUCCAUGGCCGUCGCGCUGGCGCCUCACAACAUCCGCUGCAACGCGCUGCUGCCCGGCACGGUGCACACACAGCUGGCAGACAUGGACAUGCGGGACGAGAAGAAGCGGGCGUUUCUGGAGCAAAAGAUUCCGAUGGGCGUGGGCAGGGCGGAGGACCUGGCGGGACCGGCGGUGUUUUUGGCGUGCGAUCAGCUUAGUACGUGGAUGACGGGGUCGCAGAUUCUGGUAGAUGGUGGCAUGUACGCUCAUUUGCAAUAA